AUGUAUCACAACCCCUUUGGGGGGUACCCCGGACCGAAUCUUGACGAGGCCGAGGAGGAGGUCCUCGACGGGAUCCAAGCCUGGCUCGCGGAGCGGCAUAUCGACGAUCUCUUCGGCGAGUUUGUCGGGCAAUACUCGGUGUGGAUUGAGCAGAUGGAAUACGAAAGAUGGCUGCAGCAGCUGUACGACUACGUGGCGGCGUAG